AUGUCUACUAGUCCAGGCACUCAGUUGUGAAUUCAAAUCGGACCAGCAAAAUGCCGACCAAGGCUAUAUUCCCCACCUUCUAUAAUGCGGAGACGAAGAUCUGGAGCGGACCGCCCAGGGCCACGUUGUACGACUAUAAUGCCUCCGCCGGCCAAAUAAUCCACAACUCCCUCAAGUGCUGGCCCACCAAUGUGAUUCAGAUCACCGACGACGAUGGCACCGUGCUGACUAACGCCGACAUGCUGGCCUAUGCCACGAGGAUCGCUCUCUACCUGAAGAGCGAGGGCCUUACCCAUGAGGAUAGGGUUGGUAUUAUCGCCAAUUCCAGCACUUAUGUGAUUCCCCUGGCUACUGCCUGCUUCUUCAACGCCACGCCGUUCCACGCAGUCAACUACAGCCGGGAGCCGGCCAUCGUCAAGGGCUUGUUCUCGGUCACCAAGCCCAAGAUCAUGUUCAUCGAUGCCCCCGACUACGAGCGCAUCAAGGAGAUCACAAAGGAGUGGUCCCCCAAGAUCAUCACCCUUACGGGUCGUGUGGAGGGACUGGCCAGUGUUGAGGAUCUGCUGAAGCCCCAUCCUGCCGAGAGAAUUUAUGUCCCCACUCCCUUGGUGAAAGGCGGCGACCAAGUUGCUGUGGUUCUGUGCUCUUCUGGAACAGCUGGCCUGCCCAAGGCUGUGGCCCUUUCCCACCGUCACGUUGCUGCCACCAACUCGCUCGCCAUCAGCACAGAUGUACUGUAUACCAGCGCCACAAUUGACUGGAUGACCGGAUUCUCGAUUACCAUUAUGAAUCUCAUGUGUGGCUUCACCCGCAUCCUCUCCAGCAAGCCCUUCAGCGCCGCCAACGCCCUUGAACUCGUGAAGAAGUACAAGGUCACCUGCAUUGCGAUGGCCCCAUGGCAGGCGUAUGAGCUGUACACGAGUCCUCUGGCCGUUCCCGAGAGCCUGACGUCCCUGAAAAUUUCCUUUGUGAUUGGUGGAUGGAUUUCCCUUCAACUGUUGCGCAAAGCCCAGGAACUGAUGCCUAAUACGUUUAUCAUGUUCUCGUAUGGAACCACCGAGACCGGUGUGGUGACCGUCAACUGCGAUCAGAGACUGGAAUGCUCAGUGGGCAGAGUGGCGCCCGGAAUGCGCGUUAAGAUUCUGGACGAGAACCGCCAAAACUUGCCAGCCAACCAGACAGGCGAGAUCCUCAUCGAUAUCGGCCUGACUUGGGAGGGCUAUCUGAAUAACCCAGUGGACACGGCUGCCACCCUCCAGGAUGGCUGGAUCAAUUUGGGGGAUCUGGGCUACUUCGAUGACGACAACAACCUGUAUCUGGUGGACCGAAAGAAGGAUCUGCUGAAGUACAAGUCCAAGCACUAUUGGCCCAACGAGAUUGAGCAGGUGAUCGCCGAGCUGCCGGAGGUGAAGCACGUGUGCGUUGUGGGUGCUCGGGAUGCGAGGUAUGGCGACGCCGCCGGUGCUCUCAUCAUCAAGAAGGAAGGCGCUGAGAUCAGUGCCCAGAAGAUCAUCGACUACGUGGCCCAGAAGCUGGUAGUGGACUACAAGCACCUGAAUGCCGGCGUCAUCUUUGUGGACAAAUUCCCCAAGAACCCCAACGGCAAGGUCAUGAGGAGCUUGGCGCGCGACAUAUUCGAGGAAGCACAAAAUAUUCAAACACAAUAAUUUAAUAUUCUUUCAAAACCCAAAACAUUUUAAUUUUACUUUAUAACCAAUUGUUUUU